GGAGAAUGACCUCUAGUUUUUCUAAUCUGUAGAGUAUAUAAGCAGACUAAAUCAUGUUGUUAUCAGCCUUCCAUGUCUCCUCCAUGCUAGGCGCUCUUUUUGUGUCGCUUAGAGCUACGUUCAAGGGAGCUAUUGCUUUUUCUUUCUUCUUGGUUUCUCUUUUCCGUGUAUCUUCUAUCUGGCUGGCCUCUUGCAGGGGUAGGAAUCCAGUCUUUGUUCAUCCUCAUAUAUCAUGUGUAGAGGCAAGAAUGGACAUUUACAUAUAUAUUUGCAGUUGUUUAACCUAAGUUAUCAAUACCCACGCCAUACGAUUCUUAGCAUUCA